AACUUCACUCUCUCAUCAUCAUCAUCAUCCCCGAGCCUCGACUCGAGCUAUGCCGAUUCAUUCUUAACCAAACACUCAAUACCCUUCUUUUGUUUGCAUAUAUAUAUAUAUAUAUAUAUAUAGGUGCACUCCAAAAGUGUGUACCUUUCUGGGAGAAGAGAGCGAAAGCCAGAUCUCUCUGGUUGGUGUUUAUCAAUGGCGGACUCAACCAAAUACAUUUCCCAGGAAGAGCUUAAGCAACACAACAAACACGGAGAUCUAUGGAUCUCCAUUCAAGGAAAAAUCUACAACGUUUCAGAUUGGGCCAAAGACCACCCGGGUGGUGAGCAUCCAUUGCUCAAUCUCGCCGGUCAGGAUGUCACAGACGCUUUCAUAGCUUACCAUCCAGGCUCGGCAUGGCAAUAUAUGGACCAGUUCUUUACUGGGUUUCAUCUCAAAGACUACUCGGUCUCGGAGGUUUCCAAGGACUACAGAAAACUCCUCCACGAGUUCACGAAAAUGGGGUUGUUCGAAAAGAAGGGACAUGGGGUUUUCCUCUCCUUUUGUUUCAUUAUAAUGUUCUUUGUACUGAGUGUUUAUGGUGUUCUCUGCUCUGACAGCACUUGGGUUCAUCUGGGUUCCGGUGGUUUAAUGGGGUUUUUGUGGAUUCAAAGUGGGUGGCUCGGCCAUGACUCUGGUCACUAUCAGAUCAUGACUAGCCGUGCUUACAAUCGCUUUGUUCAGAUCCUAACUGGGAAUUGCUUAGCUGGUAUCAGCAUUGCUUGGUGGAAAUGGAACCACAAUGCUCAUCACAUUGCUUGUAACAGCCUUGAGUUCGAUCCUGAUCUUCAACACAUGCCAUUCUUUGUGGUAUCUUCUAAAUUCUUUGACUCACUUACAUCUCAUUUUUAUGGAAGAAAGUUGAGUUUUGAUACCCCUAGUAGAUUCUUGGUUAGCUAUCAGCACUGGACAUUUUACCCUGUGAUGUGUAUUGCUAGGAUUAAUCUCUUUGCUCAAUCAUUUGCUUUGCUAUUCUCUAAGAGAGAAGUUCGUCACAGGGGUCAGGAGAUUCUUGGGCUUCUUGUGUUUUGGAUAUGGUAUCCUCUUCUGGUUUCAUACUUACCCAAUUGGGGUGAGAAAGUUAUGUUUGUUCUUGCAAGUUUUUCUGUGACUGGAAUCCAACAUGUUCAAUUCUGUUUGAACCAUUUCUCAGCCAAUGUUUAUGUUGGCUUGCCUAGUAGCUAUGACUGGUUUGAGAAGCAAACAAAAGGGACUCUUAACAUUCUUUGUCCCUCUUGGAUGGACUGGUUUCAUGGUGGAUUGCAGUUUCAGAUUGAACACCACCUGUUCCCUAGAUUGCCUAAGUCACAGCUGAGGACAGUUUCUCCCUUUGUUUUUGAACUUUGCAAGAAGCACAACUUGCCAUACAACUGUGCUUCAUUCUGGCAGGCCAAUGCAAUGACGGUAAGGACGCUCAAGACCGCAGCUUUGCAGGCUCGCGAUCUCACUAAUCCAGUUCCAAAGAACUUAGUCUGGGAAGCUGUUAACACUCAUGGAUGAUGAUGUUAAUAAUGUCUUGUGACACACUCAUUUCUCUGGUUUUUGGACCUAUAUGAUGUUCAAAUCUGUAUCUGAGAGAUGUACAUCCUUAUUAUAGAUAUUGGUUUGAGAGGAUUCAACUAAUGUAUUUUCCCUUCUAGUUUGCCCUCUGUAGUGCUUUUCUUUAAGGAGCUCAAGGCUUUGGGCUCUCACUUGAGAUUUGAGAUAAGCAAAACUAAGCUGUGAUAGAGUCUGUUUUGGUGGUUCAAUGAUGCCAAAGCAGCUGGUUUCAAUUGUAGAUUUUUCUUUUCUCUAAUAAUAUAUGUUGAAUUUGUUUAGUCUUA